CGCAGCGCGUUAAGUUGAUUGCUGACACGCACGAACUCUCUCUCUCUCUUCUUGAAGGAAGCUCCGAUCCGCUCGCCGGAUAGAUGGAGGCGGCGCACUGGUCGUCUCUCCCGUUGGACAUGCUCGUGCUCAUCCUGGAGCGGCUCGGGUGGUCGAGCCACCCGAGCUUCGCGCUGACGUGCCGGCACUGGCGCUCCGCCGUGUCGCCCUUCUACCCGGCGUGGAUCUCGCCUCUUCUCCUCAGCGCCGCCGACGUCGGCGCCACGAACAUCAGGUACUACAGCCCCUACUACCACAAGAGCUUCGAGGUCGCCGACACGCUCGAGGUGCCCAACGCCAAGAUCUGCUGCUCCAAUGGACAACGCCUCACGCUGUGCUUACCAAAACUCGCCCUCCAAGCCGAUCUCAUGGCCGGUACCGUCCAUGAGCUGCCGGAGAUGCCUUUCUAUAUGUCCGAGUUCACCAUCUACGAUGAUGCCGCGCGAAGGAUGUUCUGCGUCAACACGAAGUUCGCGCUGCAGCUCGCCCGUAUGACCCAAGACGACGACGCCGGCGGCGAGUGGGAACUAACGGACUUCGACCUCGAAGGACCACAGCUCCUGCCAGCUUCGACCAGCAACCCGGUCAUCCACGGCGGCCUGUUGUACCUUCUUGGCAGAGACGGGAAGCUGGCAGUGUAUGAUCCAUGCAACCACGGCGGUAACUUCAAAGUUCCCGAUAAGCCUAAGAGCUUUGGGGUUGACCACCAAGUUGACAGCCACCUGUUCGAGUCCGACCAAGGCGAGCUCAUGGCUGUCCUCGUCGGCUACAGCGGCUCACCUGUCCACGUCGUCAAGCUCAACGAGGAGACAAUGGAGUGGGAGAAGAUGGGGUCUUUGGAAGGACAUGCGUUGUUCACCGGCACACGCACGACGAUGGUGAGGAAGACAAGGCUUAAAUCGAUGCAGAACAAGGUGUUCCUCCCGAGGCUGUACGACUGGCCUGAGACCAUCCAUGUCGACCUUGUUACACGUGAUGGCGAAACAGCAUUUGUGCCCAAGCCAUGCCGUUCGUCUGCCGCCACGAAGGAGAUCGCCUCGGACAUGAAUAUUUGGUCCUACGAGCUUGGGCCUGGGCAGCGAGAAGCAAGAGAGUUUUGGGGAUCAGAGAAAGUAGAUUAUAGCAUCUGGGUUGAUUUUAGUACUGGUGAAUGUGAUUCACAGGUUAAGAGUUGUAUAUAGGUCUGAGAAGAAUUUCCGCAUUUAAAUUUUAAGGAAAUAUUGGUUUAAUUUGUGUUUCUCUAAUUCUCGUAGAAAUGCAAGGUGCUACUCUCCGUUUGUAAGUUUUUAUUUUUAGUUUAAGCCUUGUUAAGUAAGACUCUAAACCGUUUGUAGUUAAUCGAAUUCAGGUGGGGAGCCUCCUGUCAUCUCUUAUUGAGAAUCGGCAAGCGAGGUCAUCACCCAUCAGAUGUAAGCAUCACUGAUGUAAGCAUCACUGACCGAAGUGCAUUAAAACUCAAAAACCAGAGAU